AUGCCAUCCACCUCCGCGGCUUUGACGCCUGGUCUGGCGUCCUUCCUGAAGUCUCUCAGGACCACCCCGAUUGAUACAUCCAUUGACAACCUGAUCUCGCUCUUCAAGCGGAGACAAAUUCGUCAUUCCAGAUCAUGCGCUACCGCGACUGCUUACCUGCUCCUUCGUGUUGUCUCGGCUUGCAGGACUACUGAUGCGGCCAAACUGAUUGAGCGCGUUCAGAGUGUGGGAAGGCGGUUGGUGGCUGCUCAGCCCCGAGAAAUGGUCGUCGGAAAUAUCGUUCGGCGUGUACUUGGUCUCAUUCGUGACGAAGCUGAGGACGAGAGGGACGGUGAUUUUACGCUUAGUGAUGCUGGUUCUGAAAGUCUGCCCCAAACCCCUCGGGUCCUAGAUGAUGCAUCGGACGCUUUUUCGCUGCGCCAUGAGGGUUCCGAACGCUCCUCAUCAAGACCGCCUUUUACUUCGCUGGCGACAACACCCAUUUCCAUGUUCAAUCUGCUUUCACAUCCAGAGCCCGAGUCUUCGCUCCCCGGUACUCCUGCAUCGGCCUCUCCAUCUGGUCGGUUGUUGCUGGGGCAUGCUCCCAGUCGGGAUAUCCGCGCUGAAGUUCUCGACGGAAUCGGCGAAAUCAUCGAUGAACUGGGUCAGGUCGACGACCAGAUUGCGGCCUACGCUCUCGAUCACAUUCAUUCCAACGAAGUCAUCCUCACCCACACAUCCUCUACAACCGUUCAGAAAUUUCUUCUCAAGGCCGCUGCGAAGCGGAAGUUUACCGUGGUCCACGCCGAAUCCUAUCCCAACAACCAUGAAGCGACGCACAGCACUAUCAGCGGCGCAGCAUCCGCGGACGAGGAGAUACUCAGCACGGAAUCUUUUCAGAAACCGUUGAUCGCUAUGGGCAUCACAGUCAUCUUGAUUCCCGAUUCUGCCGUUUUCGCCCUCAUGUCCCGUGUAAACAAAGUGAUCCUGGGCACGCAUUCCGUCCUCGCAAACGGCGGGCUGGUCGCUGCAGCCGGUACACGUCUCAUUGCUCGUGCGGCCAAGGUGCAUCAGACACCUGUGGUUGUCGUCAGCGGCGUGUACAAGCUCAGUCCUGUAUACCCAUUCGAUUUCGAAUCACUGAUUGAGUACGGAGAUGCCAGCAAAGUCAUCCCGUACGAAGAUGGCGAUCUGAUGAAUCAGGUCGACGUCCAGAACCCACUGUACGACUACGUUCCCCCAGAAUUGGUUGAUCUCUACAUUACCAACCUGGGUGGCCAUGCGCCGUCUUAUCUUUACCGUAUCGUGUCCGACCAUUACCGCAAGGAGGAUAUCAACUUCUAA